UAAAUUUACGAUUAUACCAUAAAACAAAAUUACAGAGGCGAUUCACCGGUAUGCUAAAGAAUUAGGGCUGGCUGAAAAUGAUUGAAAAUUCGACUUCUACGUUCUACAGUAAAGAGAUGCUGAUUCAACAUACUACCGAAGUUUCGCCAAAUAAAUCUGAACUACCGUCUAUUUGCCUCGGAGCACCAAACGCAGUAUAUAACGAUACUUUUAUGCCAACGGGAUAUUCCUUUACCGCCGUUGUGGGCCUGUCGGUAUUCGUUGGUCUAUUCUGCCUUUACGUUCUGCUGGGAAAUGUCGCCGUGGUACUUAUUAUUCUCCGAGAUCGUGUCGUCGGAGGUCAAGCUCAAAACCAGUAUCUCGUAUCUUUAGCAGUUGCAGACGCUCUCUUGGCAGUACUUGUAAUACCUUUCAGUUUAGUCAAUGAAUUGUCUGGUAUUUGGCCAUUUGGUAGAAUUUACUGCCAAAUUUAUUUAGCGGCUGAUGUACUUUUUUGCACAGCCUCUAUAUGGAAUAUUUGUGCAAUCGGAUUGGAUCGUUAUUGGUCAGUGAAGAGACCAAUUGCCAAUCGGCGGAAGAGGACAAAAAAAGUGAUACGAUUCAUUAUAUUGAUGGUUUGGUGUCUCUCGUUUCUGAUUUCGGUGCCCCCUUUCAUAUUCGGGUUCAAGCUCAUUCCUUCUUCAAACGAACAGUCAUGUUUCAUCAACGAUGCCCAGUGGUAUAUUCUUUUCUCCAGUACUUUGUCAUUUUUCUUACCUGUCAUUAUCAUUGCACCAGUGUAUACAAGAAUCUAUCUAAUUGGAAGAAAACAUUCUCGGCCUCCUAUGAGUAGAAUGAAAAGUGACGAAGAAAGGAAAGACCUGGAAGCAUCUGAGUUUCUGAAUCCCGUAUCUCUGCCUACACAACACCAAGAUUGCACAAAAAGCAAAAAGAACGGAACUGAGAUUGAGCCUUCCUGCAACAAAUCAAAGAUUUGCUACUCUUCAUCGUUAAAUUCAUUCAAAUCGAUUGACCCAAAAAAUGAAGAUUAUUCAGCAGAUAACAGAGCAGAUCGAGAGUAUAACGGAUACACGUGCAUUUACACUACGAAGAAUGGAAAAUUGAGUUUACCAACGCCAAAGAAGACUAAUCCAAGUGAGGAUUUGACUUCAAAUGGUGAUCUGACAUCAGGUAAAGGAAUCGAAGACAUGGCAAACAUUAUGGUUCGCCCUAUAAUACGCAGAUGCGACUCGUGUCCGUCAGGAAGGCGAAGAAUGCUCUCUGCUGCCAGCACGCACAGUGUUUUCAGUAUGACUUCACUAGUAGUGCUUUUUAAAAGAAGAAACAGACCUGAAUCAAAUUCUAUCUCGUCCAAACGAUCAGCAUAUUAUCAUAAACGAGAACGAAGGUUUACUCUUAUCAUAUGUUUAGUGACAGGAGGUUUUCUUUUCUGCUGGUAUCCGUUCUUCCAGACAUACGUAGCCUAUGCACUUUGUGGAAAAACCUGUUGUAUAAAUAAAAACCUUUUCAAAGCAAUAUUUUGGCUCGGUUAUUUGAACAGUGGAAUAAAUCCUGCAAUUUAUACAAUUUUCAACAAAGAAUUUCGACGAGCUUUUCGAAAAUUGUUUCUACGUUCGAAACCAGGGGAGGAAAGUUGGAAAAACAAUUUUCGUUGAUCGUCAUUAUAGUUGUAUGUUUGAGCUACCUGCACCCUGAAUAAUUAUUCUGAUAUACGUAACAUAUCAUAUGAUUUUUCACGUUCAUCCAAAUAGAGAGAGAAGUCAAUGUGGCGAACCGUGGAUACUUUAUACUUAUAAGAAUAUUUAAGUAGUUUAUUACUCCAGGUACAUGGAUAAUUCCGUGUGAAGUGGAUAUCUGCGUUUUAACUUUUCGUACUGUGAAUAUACACACCGAAUAAUGUACGCAUUUGCAUUCGCUUUUUGAUCGGGCAAGUGUCGUUUUGUUUGUCUGGUAUGCAGAUGACAUUAUGCACAUAAGCGAAUUUCGGCGUGAGAUUUGAUAUACAUUGUUGGAUUUUUUUCUGCCAUAAUAGCAGGGGCAAUGAUCAUAAUGUUUCACUGACAUAAGUUAACUUUGAUUUUCAUUGUUUUAUCUAACACUGUUCACAGCCAUUUGCUAAACUAUUGUUCUAGAAUUUGCAGUAAUUUUACUCUUUUUUUUAUUAUAAUGAUCAUGUUUUUAUUGUAAAAGUAUAUACAUAUUACCAAAAUAAUAAAAAAUAGUGUACUUCUAUUUUGAGUGUUCCAACAUAAGCUACAUUACCACACCCUAAACAAAACACCUUAAGUCUGCAAUUGUUUCUGUUGUUUACUGUAUUGCUAACUAUUUCUUUUUUGUUGAAUCAUGCCAAUAUUACCUCUUGACUUUAUCUGUGUUUGUGUGUACGUGUGACAAUAAAUUUUCAUUGCUGAAAUGCAAUAAUUUUCCAAUAUUUUUUUCACAAAAAUGUUAUAUCUUGCGUUUUUGAGAAACGGUUUGAGAAACGCGUUUAAAUGGAUGGUUGAAAGAUACCUAUCCGGAAAGGUCGGUACGAGGCAGCAGAAAAGUUCCUUUGGUUCCGAGUUUCAGCUCGAAACACUCACAAAAGCUACCCCGGCUUGCGAUUCCGCGUACAAAAAUAUCUUGGCUCGAUUGUAUUAGAGAAAUUACAAACUAUCCACGAAAUAAAAAACUU